AUGGCGCCGCCUGCGACACAGUACCGCGAGGACGACGACAAGGACAUACCGAUUCAAGAGAUCAUCUUCAGCUGCGGCAUCUGCCAGGCCACAGUGUCAGAUUUAUAUGCUACUCCAGAGCACGAUCAAGGCUUCUCCAGUGAUCCAGGCUCUGGCCACGGCAUCAUCACCAAGUUGUGGAUAGGGGAAUGCUCACAUGUCUUUUGUGGCAAACAUUUGGAGGGUGCAGCUGCGCCGUUUCAUCCGAAGGGAAUACCUCCGAGAGCAGCAUGUCCUCUGUGUGUUCAAGAUAAUAAUGAUUCUUCUAUGCGAGAAAUCUUCGGCAUCCGAGGCUUGGAAGACGGGCAGUACGACGAGGUGAUCCCGCGGGACUACUUCAGAUGUCCUCCGAGAAAGCUCGACGCGACCGAUUCUGAAAUGGAUGCGCUACGUUUCCAGUACACGCACCUGAUUCGGCAGGCGAAGCAGAGCUUCAAAGGCUUGAGGGCAGUUGAGCGCAAACGUGCCAUUCUCGAGAGCACUUUGGCCACGGAACGCAAGCUGCAUCGUAAAGCAGAGACACAGGUUCAGGAGCUGCAGGGCCGCCACGAGGUGACUAUGGCCAAACUGCAGAAAUGGGAGAACAGAAAGGCUGUCAUCAAGCAUUACAUGGACGCCGUGCAGGAGAUGACGAUGUGA